CCUCCCACCCUCUUAAUGUAUUCCGCGAAGCCGUGGCCAUGAAGCCAGGGAGGGCUUUGUGCGUGAACUUGGCGGCGGGGCGCGCGCGCACGGAGCGUUGGCGGCGGGGAGAGCGCCAUGCGCGGUGACGCCGUCCCGACUGGGGCCCUCAGGGAUCCAGCCGGGGCGGGGGAGGGAAGAGGCCCGCCGCUCGGCCGGUGCGGGUCCUCGGAACCAGACUCUCCGUUGCGGUGGUGGUUCUUGUUCGCUGAGGCGAUGAGGCGCAGGCCGGGCCUACUGGCGCUGCCUGCGGGCGGCUGAGGAGGACAGGCCAGGCCAGGCCGCGCCGCGCGGCUCAGCCGGGCCCUUUUGUCCCUGCGAGAGAAGGAAGGAGGGAGGGAGGGAGUUGGCCUUGGGAUGCGGCGCGGGGGGCGUUAACCCUCCUCGCUCCGUCCCCGGCUCGCUGCCCGGCUGGCUGGGCCUUCGUCGGCGGCGGCGCCUCCUCGGCGGGCCUGGUGGCGGGGCCCGAGGGGGAGGAUGCUGGCGACGACGCGGGGCUUCCUGUGGUCGGAGCUGGAGACGCGGGCGCUGCUGGGCAUCUGGGGCGAGGCCGGGGUGCAGAGCGCGCUGGAGGGCCACUUCCGCAACAGCCAUGUCUACCGCGACGUGGCCCGGCGCCUGGCCGAGCUGGGCUUCGAGCGCACCCCCGAGCAGUGCCGCAUCCGCAUCAAGGGCCUCAAGCGCCAGUACUUCCAGGCCCGCGAGGGGCUCCACCGCAACGGGCACACCCCGCCCCGAAAGGCGCCCCACGCCAGCGCCGCGCACGCCGGCGCCAACGCCUGCAAGUACUACCACGAGAUGGACCGCGUCCUUGCCUCCAGGCUGCCCGGCCUGGGCCCCGGCGCCCCGCGGGGAAGCCCCCCCGUGAACCCCCAGGAAGAGGCCGCCGCCGAAAGGCAUAGGCGAGGAGGAGGAGGAGGAGGAGGGAACCACCACGGCACCGCCGCCAUCCUCGCCGCCGCGCCCCCUUCCGCCGGACCCGGGAGCCUCCUCCGCCGCAAGGAGGAGCAGCAUAGGGAGGAGGAGGAGGAAGAAGAAGAAGAAGAGGAGGAGGAGGAGGAGGACGGGGACGAGCCAGGGUCUCCCCCGCGGGACCCCUUCACGCAGGACUCCGGGGAGUGCUCCUCCUUCGCCCAGCACCCCAUCAAAGUGGAGAGCGCCCCCUUCGCCAUCCCAGAAGGUUUUAGGCAAAUUAAUGCUCACACCAAUGCACCACCCUUAUUAUCUCAGGCUAAAAGAUCAAGAAAACGUCAUGGAAACUUAACACUGGACAAAAUGAUGGAAAGGUUUCUACUACAAAGCAUGGAUACUGAAGAGAAGUUUUACAAAUAUGAAGAGCAACGGCUUAAAACUGAGGAAAACCGACGAGAAGCUGAGCAUGCUAGGGAGUUCCAGAUGUUGCAGAUGUUGGGACAGAUGUUAGCAGGCAUUUCCUCCACGGUAUCACAAAGGUCACAGUAUAUGCCGAGCAAUCCUUCACAGAGAUCAAAUCACCGAUCAUAUGGAGAUAAUUUUAACUAUAAUUCUAUGACGACAUUAUCUCCUCCCAUAGUUAUAGAGAGAUCUUUUUCAAUGCACAAAACACAUUCUAUAAAGGAAAUGGAGAAUAUAUUCCAACUGGUGCGAAACAUCAUUCCUCCUCUAACUGCCAAAAAACAUAAAGGCCAAGAUGGACGAAUAGGAAUUGUUGGAGGAUGCCAAGAGUAUACUGGGGCACCCUAUUUUGCUGCAAUUUCAGCUCUCAAAGUGGGUGCAGAUCUAUCCCAUGUAUUUUGUACCAAAGAUGCAGCAGGUGUAAUCAAAUCUUACAGCCCAGAGCUCAUUGUUCAUCCAGUUCUGGAUAGGCCUGAUGCUGUUCAUGAAGUGGAAAAGUGGCUACCACGAUUGCACUCGGUUGUCAUUGGCCCUGGAUUGGGGAGAGAGGAUGUACUGCUUGCAAAUGCUAAGGGUAUUAUAGAAAAAGCCAAGGUCAAAGGAAUUCCUAUUGUAAUUGAUGCCGAUGGCUUAUGGCUAAUUGCCCAACAACCUUCCGUUAUUCAGAAUUACCCUCGAGCUAUUCUUACCCCAAAUGCUAUGGAAUUUAGCAGAUUAUAUGAAGCAAUGCUUAGAGAUCCUGUAGAUAGUAAUGACCAGCAUGGAUGUCUGCUAAGGCUCAGCCAGGCCCUAGGAAAUGUGACAAUUGUCCAAAAAGGAGAACGAGAUCUUAUUUCAGAUGGAGAAAAGGUGCUUGUAUGUAGCCAUGAAGGAAGCAGCAGAAGAUGCGGUGGACAAGGGGAUCUUCUCUCAGGGUCUCUUGGAGUCCUGGCUCAUUGGGCCUUGCUUGCUGGACCAGAAAAAACAAAUGGUCAAAAUCCCUUCCUAGUGGCUGCAUUUGGAGCAUGCUCACUUACGAGGCAGUGCAACCACCAAGCUUUUCAAAAAUGUGGACGGUCUAUGACAGCCUCUGAUAUGAUUUUAGAAAUUGGAGCAGCAUUUAAUAAACUCUUUGAAACAUAAGACCAAAGCAGAAGAAGAGGAAGAACACAAUACCAACAGCAGAAAAAUUAUAAUAUGAUAUCCAUGCAUAAUGCACCCAUUUUCAAGUGCUGUUAAGCAGCAUUGGUAAUCUAGGUAGUGUUUAUUUUUAAAAAAUAGAAAAAUUGUAGAUAUUUUUUAAAGAGUUUGGAAUACAUUUUUUUGGCUGAAUAAGCUGUAGUUGCAGAUGUUAUAAUAUAAUAAAACUAAAUUGAAAGUCUUUCCUCUGUCCUAUUUCACAAAUUAUUGAGCAAUAACUGUGUGCUAGAAGCAAAACAUGCACUUGAUGUAUGCUAGAAAAAUACAUUGAAUUUCAUAAGCACUUAUAAAUUCUGUUUAUAAAUAACUGUUGAAUUCAGUGUUACUUGCUCUCUAAUAAUUCUGUUCAGGAUUGUAAUCCAAGUUGCACUGAUUUCAGUGGAAGGAAUGCUAAUUCUACUCUUUUCCCUUAACCUUGAACAGGAUUUUAAAGUACUUGACUUUGGUUGGAUUCUGUCAUAAUAUUCUUUCACCAGCUCACCGCAGUUCCUUGGUUUGUACCAAGUUCAUCUCUAUUUUGUUCUGUUACCAGGUUUCAAAUUCUGCACAUGGAUUGUGCUGCUUUUGAAACAUCCCAUAUUUGAGCAAGGACUGCAUGCAAAAUGGCGUCUGAGCCCUAGGUAGAUGAGCACUGUUUUUGCUUGUUGUUUUGUGGGAUAGAAAGGGAGGGAUGGGCAUCACUAGUCUUUUUUUAAAAAAAAAAAACAGUGCUAAGAGGCUGUAAGACAUGGCAUGUGAAAGUAGAAUUAGCUGAAUGGAGUAAAGCAUCUACUAAUCAGGGCUAAUUUAGAAUAUGAAACCAAAUUGGAAGGAAACUAGGAAUAAUUAUGCAAAAGGUGUCGAGAGGAUUAUACAAAAAAGGGAAGGGGCUUCGGCAACAAUUCAUCCUAAGCAGCUCUUGUUGCAGGACCCACAUAGUUUUUGCACAGAAAUAACUGAAAGGAUAUGCCCUUCAUACUUCUAUACUACUGUAAAAAUGUCACCUUUUGUUUAUUAGAAUGAUACACAAGUACGUAGAUUUUUCAAAAUCAAUAUCACCAGUGUAUAGUAAUUGGAGAACAAAAGGUGAAAGGCUGUUCAGAACAUACUGUGGGGCACAGUAAUGGUUCUCCAUCACUGGGCCUUAUUUGGACUUCAAUUCCCAAAAUCCCUGACUAGUGUGGCCAGUGUUUAGCAAUUCCGGGGACUAAAAUAUAGAAGGCCAAAUAUUGAAGACCAUAGGAGUGAAAGGUGGUUUUUCAGAGCUCAGGAAAAUGUAUUCCUGAUAUAACAGCAUAGAGUAGACGUUCCCAAAUUUUGGUUCUCAGAAUGUAUAGGGACUUCAGCUCCCACAAUUCUGUAUGUUGGCCAUAUUGGCUGGGACUGCUGAGAAUUGAAGUCCAAACUAUCUGGAGGAACAAAAUGUUGAAAAAGCAGCUUUGUAACUAGUGGCAGCACAAGCAUUCAAGAUAGCUCAGUUGUGCCAAUCUUCUGCAACUUUUCCUGAUUGAUACACCAUUAAUUUUGUAGGGUCUGUACACUGUAUUUUCACUUGAGAAAAUCCCACCUUGUUGCUAUUUUUUAAAUACUGCAAAGGAAGAUUAUGACAAAAUCCCCUUUAUUUUUACUUGAAUGAUUUGCAGCUUGUUGCUAUUCAUAUUUACUCGGAAACAAGUUCCACUGAAUUCACUGGGACUUAUUUCCAAAUAUAUAUAGGGACAUCUGCAGCCUUAGUCUACAGUCUCUAGCUCAAAACUAGCAUUCCCUUUGACAAAAGGACAGACUGUUGUUCUUGUUAGGGUUUGCUACCAUAUGCAGCAGACGCCAUUUAACAUUACUUUACUUGCAGCCAGGCAAUCGCUCUGUAUAAAUUCAGUGUGCUUACAGCUAACAUUUGGAUGCACUGUAACUACUACCUCAGAACAAUGCUUUUGUUUCGUUAUUUUUUUUAAUGUAAUUCAUUCAUUGGCUCUAUCAGUGUUGAGCGCAUUAACUCAGACUAAACGGGUACAGUCCAUACCACUUGAGAAUAUUAAGAGAAGAUAGCUCUUCUCUGAGGAAAAUUAGCACAGCCGCAAAAAGAGUGUGUGUGCCCUAUCUUUACUUCAACACAACAAACUGGUUGGCAUGUAUCUUUCCCUAAAUGUUCACUUUGACUCUAAAAAGAGCUUAGCAAUAUUUAAGUGAACUCUUUUUCUGAUCCAUGUUCAGUUUACAGUGGGAUUGUCAAAUUUUUGGAAAGUCUCAGUAGUGCUCUAGAGCCAUUCUUUUGUCUGUGCAGGCACCAUUUACAUAACUGCAUAUGUUGGAAAGUGAACUGCAUUUUCCUCUCAUGUCUACUUCUAGUUCUCUCUUUGACUAAUGAAAUAUCUUCUUGCAAGUUGAAGAGAGGCCUGUAUAGGGAUAUGGGAUCUAUAGCUGAAACAGUUUUCCCUAAAUAUCCUGCAGUACUGUCUGCAUAUGUGCCUGUCUUGUAAGUAUAGGGACGAUAAACGUCUGAACAUAGAGCAGUUUGCUAGAGCUCCCAGUGUUUACACUGCAGCACUGUCUUGUGGGAAUAAGGAUAUUACUGAUGAAUGUUCUCCUCAGUAAGAACCAUUAGAAAAUAGCUUAAAAUAUUAUGAUGGUGUGAUCAGCUUCUAAAACUUGCAGGGAAACCAAAUACGAUUUUGAAUUUUACAAAGCAAAUCCAAACAGUCAGUAUAGAGUCAAACAUGCCUGUUUUUAAUUGUAUUACAUCCAUUGGAAACACAUUGUUCACAUUUUAAGAAAAUAAAAUAUUGCAAAUCACAA